CAAGAUUCAUAAUUAUGUCCCCUAAGUAGAAUCUACUAUACUACUAAUACUACUAUUUAGAUCUAGUACUAUUAUUACUAGACUAUAUAGUAUAGACAGAGAUCUACAGUUACUGAGUUAGAAUAGAUCUGAUUAUUAUUCAUUGAGAUUUCUGUUCCUGUUUGCAUAAUGGCUAGACAAUUGAGCACAUCAUUGUCAGAUGGUUUGUUGGCAUGGUCGGUACUUUACUUUAUCUACCAUGUCUUUUGGGUGAAUUUCUUCGCUUGCAUUGGUUUGGGAAUUCAAGGUGCUGCUGCUGCAGUGGGUGUCAUUAGAUUUGCACAGAGUCGAAUUGGAGGACAAGUGUAUGACUAUCACCAAAUGUUGUCAUGGCUUGCCCAGGUGAUGGGCCUACCCCUUCUGGCAGUAGGAUUUUGCCACAAAGACCUGCCUAUUAUGAUGAAUUUGAACUUGAUGAUUAUGAUAGGUGUAUUGAUUGGAUCAAGAUUUCUAGCCUCUGGCAUGAGACAAAUGGCCGUACAGUCCUGCUCUGGAUUUGCCAUGCUUACCAUAAUACUGAUCUGUCUGAGGUCUUGGAACAUUUAUGGUCUUCUGGCUACUGCUCUCUAUGUCAUCUCUGGCAAAGUAGUUGGUUCAGAGGGGAAAAUGGGACCAUUUUAUAGAGUGGACAUCUUGCAUGUUGGCUUGGCCGUAGCCAAUUACCUAUUUACACUUGCCAUGUCUGAAUAACAAAAAAAUACAGUGUCUAUUGAUUGGUGCUUCUAUUGUAAGUAGCUUAUAAAGUUACUAAGGUGUUUGUCUACACAUUGAAUCAAAAGAUAGUUGUUUUCACGCAAGUUGUAGCAUUUUGUAAUAUGAGCACUCAUAUCAAGCUAUCUUUUAACUAUGUUGAUUAUAAUUUCAAAACUUAUAUAUAGACAUUUUUUUUUAUCAAAUGAAAAAUUGCAGUUUUAUAAUGUAAUAUAUAAUGUAUGCUUUACAAUCUUUUACAAGUGUAUGCAUGUAGUGUGAGAGCUCUUGUAAAGUAGAGUUAAUGGUUUUAUAUUAAAUGUAGCCUUUAUCUUGUGUGGCUUUCUAUUGGUGUAUAAAUAAUGGAUGUUAGUUUGCACUAUAUUUUGGUUCAAAUGCUUUAAUUUGAUGGCCAGCAUGAAUGUGAUUCAGCAGCAUUACUAGUGUUUAAAAAUUCAAGGAAAUAUUGUGUAGUUUCCUUUUUUUUUUUUUUUUUUUUUUUUUAAGGUUUCAUCUAUCAAAGAAAGAAACUUUGAAAAAAAAAAAAAAAAAGCAAAAAGAACAAAUAUAUACUAGGUGUCAAGAGAUUGCGUUUAGCAUUUUAUAAAAUACUAGAAAAUGUAAUAUAUUCAGAAGCACAUCCAAUCUGCUGCUUGACUUAUGUUAAAGAAUACUUUCAUUUUCAAUAAUUUAUCACUGGGGCAAAAUGUCAUCUCGUCUAUAGUGCCAACUCCCAAAAAUCUUAUUUUCAUCCCUAGCUUUUAAAUUCUUUAUGGUCACACCUUCUCAAGUCUGUAAUGAUUAUUUUCUCAAAUCAAAAAAUGUAUAUACAGAUACAUCCCAAACAAAUUGACUUUAAGCAUGGGUUGAUUAUGUUGCCCUUUUAUGAGCACAUUUUUAGAGAGGCUUGUUAGUUUCUUCUUAUGCAGGUGAAUCAUGCUGUUUGCUAAUGAUUGUCAUAUGAUCCAGGAUUUGAAGUGCUACAGCACAGGAUUUAUUAGAUAUAAUUACAUUAUUGCAAAACAAUCAUUUCAUAGACAUUCAGUGCUGUCUCAGGUUCUGAUUUUGUUUUUUCUUUUGGCAUUUAGAGUGAACAUGUUAGCAAAGCAUUUCUUUUCUAGUCAUUGAAAUGUGUCGUGUAAAAGCACACCUCAGUUAGAGUGUGAUAAAAGUAAACUAUUUUUUUUUAUAAGUUAGAAUCAUUGUUAGAGAGUUGAUGUUACUUUUAGUAACAAUGGAACAGACAAGAUUAUAACCAACUUAUUAGAAUACAACUUAAAAUAUGUUGUUCUUGGAUUUUCUUUCGAACAAAAGUAUAACAAAUAAAUUGAGCAUUCCUAUUUCAGUAGCUUUAAGCCGUUAUACUUUUGUGUUGUACUUUCUUUGUUUGAAUGAGUUGGUAUUAAUUUUGUAAACAAAUAUUAAUUACAAUUACCUAUAGUCAAUACAUUCCUAUUUUGGAAAAAAUGAACUUCCUUUUGGUAGAAACAAUUGGAAAGUAUUUGUAAAAUAUACUCUUUGAGUUGAUGUUAAAAAUAGCUCCAAAAAUCUCUACAAUAAACAUCCAUAUUAAAAGUUAUAAUAAAUAGUUAAUAAAUAGUUGGAUAUCUGUAGGUUAACAAGAACUUGAUAUUGUUUCAAAUUAUUUUUUUUUUGCAAUUACUUUUUCUUCCUAUUGUGAUCAUACUUAAAAGUGCCAGUAAGUUUAGAGAGUCUCCACUGUAUUUGUUUAUUAUUUGAUUACUAUUAUUGAAAUACUUUAUGAAGUGAAUUCUUUUCUGUAGCCAAUUGUAUGUUGCCUACAGCACAGAUGAGAAGUCUAGUCUUUUAUGAACUUCUUUUACUUUUCUCAAAAAGUUACAGCAGAUCCUUUGGAGCUGUGUAGUAACAGGGAGGUUCUCUAGAUCCUUUUUUAAAAUCUCAUUUCUUUCCACUAAACAAAUUGAAGACGCUUUGGUUAAAAAAAGGAAAGGUGAUAAAUUUCUAUUAUUUAUCAGUAUGCAAUUAUCAAAAAAAAAAAUUUGGGGGGGGGGGGGGGGGGGGACGAAGUUGAUCCAAGGAAUACUUCCAUGGUUAGUAUGAUAUAAGCUUGCAGUAAGAGCUUCAGCUAAAAACUUUUUGACCUUGAAUUAGCUUAAGUAAAUGAGCAAGUCUUUGAAAGUUUAAAAAGUCAAUGGUAAUAUGAAAACUUAUGUUUCUUUGUGAUAUCAUCUCUAAGUGCACUGCUGAUUUUUUAAAUUUUUUUUUUAGUUUUUGUUUUUACAGUCUUUUUGUUUGAUGAAUGGUUUUAGAUACAACUUUUCCAUUCUGUACAUAUAUUGUAGAUAUCUUUGUUCUUAAGUUAAAAAAAAAGAACUAGCUUGAUAAAGUGCUUGCAAAUUAUCUAUGAUGUUUCUGCUCUUCCUUUGAACAUUUAAGUUGUGAUGGCCAUAAAUAAAAUAAUGUUUGGGAUCUCGUU